AUGACCUCUCUCCCCGCUCUCCCAGAAAUAACCCCCCUCCGCCCAGGUCUCAUCCGCAUCCUGGCCGGCAACCCAGGCAAAUUCACCCUGCAGGGUACAAACACCUACCUCCUCGGUACAGGCCGCCAGCGCUUGCUCAUCGACACAGGCGAGGGCAAGCCAAGCUGGAUCGCAGCCGUCAAGAGUGCACUCACUUCCUCCUCCAACCAACCAAACGGGGAAGAAGGAACCGCGACCCUCAAAGCCGUGAUCCUAACGCACUGGCACCACGACCACAUCGGCGGCGUGGCCGAUCUGCGGAAAGAGUUUGGUCCGAACCUGGAGAUCUACAAGUUCCCGCUCGGCUUCGGCGGGUACGAGUCGCCGAGUUUUGAGGCUGAGCGCGCCCAAGAAGCGCAAUCAACACUCCUGGCGCAAGGGAUCAGGCCUUUGCAGAACAACCAAACCUUCACCGUGGCCGGUGCAACUCUCACAGUGCAUCAUACCCCAGGCCAUACCGCGGACCAUGUGGUGUUAGUCUGGCACGAGGAGAACGCCAUUUUCACAGGCGACAACGUCCUCGGCCACGGGACAGCCGUGUUCGAGGAUCUAGCGACGUACCUGUCAAGUUUGGAGAUCAUGAAAGAGCUGUACAGCGACGGCGAGAGAAGCGGGCGAGCCUAUCCAGGCCACGGCCCCGUCGUCGAUGACGGCAUGGCAAAGAUAGAAGAGUACAUCCGACACAGGAAGAUGCGCGAGGAGCAGGUGUUGCAAACCCUCCGCAGCAGCCCCGGCGGACCCGAUGGUUCGGGAGCCGGCAGCAACAACAAAGACGGACAGCAUCAAGUUCAACCGCCCGCAUGGACGGUAAUGGAGCUGGUCCGCUCCAUAUACCGGGAUGUUCCCGAGAGCUUACACCCAGCGGCGGCGGGUGGCGUGGUGCAGAUUCUACACAAGCUGCGGCGGGAAGGACGGGUGGUGGUUGUGUCAGAGUCGGGGGACGGCGAGCGGUGGAGCCUUGCCGCCCGGUCCGCGCUGUAG